GAUCUGCUGGAUCCUUCACCACAGCCAGUUACCUGUUACAGGAAGGUUUCCGCUUCAUGUGAGGGUCUGUAAAAUCAUGGAAGUGUUACGGUUGGAAAAGACCUCCAAGAACAUCAAGUCCACCCCUAAAUUAAGUGCCACAUCUUUUAAAUACCUCCAGGAAAGGUGGCUGUGAGCAGGAAGACCCCAUUUCACUGCUUGGCUGGGAGCAAUUGGCAGCUGCUGACUCAGGCAAACCCUGGCACUGAUUAACCACUGCAGGGAUUGCAGAGGGGUGGGAUGGUGACAGAGCAGCGAUUGGUUUGUCUGAGGAGGGAGGGUGGGCUUUGAUGCUCCUCUGCUCUGGGUUCCACCACCUGGAGAGGCUCUUCCUCCGUGGCAGGCACGUAGCACCUGGGAGGUGGCAGCUGAGGGACUGCUCGGGGUUCAGCAUGUCUUUCAUCCACGUAGACAAGGACUCGGAUUUUCCUCUCCAGAACCUCCCCUAUGGGGUUUUCUCCACGAAGGAGGAGCCUCGGCACAGGCUUGGGGUAGCAAUUGGAGACCAGAUUUUGGAUCUCAGCGUCAUUAAACAUCUUUUCAAUGGACCAGCUCUUGCCAAACACCAGCACGUCUUUGACCAGCCCACCCUGAAUGCCUUCAUGGGGCUGGGCCGGCCGGCGUGGAGCGAGGCCAGGGCUCUCCUGCAGAAGCUGCUGUCGGCUGGAGAGCCCACCCUGAGGGACAGCGCCGAGCUGCGGAGGAGAGCAUUUGUGCCUCAAGCUGCUGCGACCAUGCACCUGCCUGCCCACAUUGGAGAUUACACUGACUUCUACUCUUCACGCCAACACGCCACAAACGUUGGGAUCAUGUUCAGGGGGAAGGAGAAUGCUCUGAUGCCAAACUGGCUGCACUUACCUGUGGGCUACCACGGCCGGGCUUCGUCUGUGCUGGUGUCUGGGACGCCCAUCCGGAGACCUGUGGGACAGACCAAACCCGACAAUGAUAAACCUCCAGUGUUUGGUGCUUGUAAACGUCUGGAUAUCGAGUUAGAAAUGGCAUUCUUUGUAGGUCCUGGAAACAAGUUUGGGGAGCCCAUUCCCAUCAGCAGAGCCCAUGAGCACAUCUUUGGGAUGGUGCUGAUGAACGACUGGAGUGCCCGUGACAUCCAGAAGUGGGAAUAUGUUCCUCUGGGUCCUUUCCUGAGCAAAAGCCUUGGCACAACCAUCUCUCCGUGGGUUGUCACCAUGGAUGCUCUCAUGCCAUUUGUGCUGCCAAACCCUGUCCAGGAUCCUAAACCACUGCCCUACCUUCAGGAUAAAGAGCCCUACACUUUUGACAUCAAGCUCUUUGUUGCUAUUAAAGGAGAAGGGAUGAGUUCACCAACUACUAUAUGCAGAUCCAAUUUCAAGCACAUGUACUGGACCAUGAAACAGCAGCUGGCUCAUCAUUCCAUCAAUGGCUGCAACCUCAGACCUGGAGACCUCCUGGCCUCUGGCACCAUCAGUGGACCUGAGCCAGAGAGCUUUGGCUCCAUGCUGGAGCUGUCCUGGAAUGGGACAAAAGAAAUCCCUCUGGGCAGUGGACAGUCUCGGAAAUUCCUGCAGGAUGGAGACGAAGUGAUUCUGACAGGUUACUGCCAGGGCAAUGGAUUCCGUGUUGGAUUUGGCCAGUGCUCGGGAAAAAUCCUUCCAGCCCUGUCAAAUCCAUGAGGAUGGAGCAAUGUGGCAAGGAGGAGCCCUCCUCCCACCUCUACCAGUCAUUCUGCUUUAUUCAAAUUUAUUGUUUUUAUAUGAGUGAUUGGAAUCUUACUUUUUUAAAUUAUCAAUAAAUGUCUUAAAGGUGAA